GCUACCAGACAGCCUAUUACGGUAUUAAAUAAAAACAGAAACAGCAUGCCCAUCAUAGGCUAAUCAAUUCCCUCUCCGGCAUGCUUUAAACCCAAGCUGAAGCCGCGUAGCACCCAAGAACUCAUUCCAGGCAUGGCUGUCUAAGGGCGCCCGUCUUUCCUGUCGUCCUUCCAAACUCUUUCAGGCAUUUCGAGCCCUGGGGUGUAGCAGCCCCCGGGAUCCCAGGGGUUGUGCCAUGCCAGGACCAGACUGCCUGGCCGCUAUGCCAGCACGGAGCAGCCGCGGGGGGCGGCCUGGAGGGUUCCCCAGGGUCGCUGCUUAUUAACCAUUCCGCGUGGCUUCCUCCGGAGGAAGAUGUGACAGCUCGCCCGAGAAUCUGACUGUGUUCCACUGACAGACACUUCAAGGAGCCAAGGUCAUGUCUGUGCCACAAUAAUAAUAGCUGCCAUUUAUGAGGCAUCCGAAGCUUGCAGAAUGGGUUCCAUACAUUAUCUCAUCUUAUUUUCACAACUGGCUAAAGUCCUUCCGCCAUUACUCACAGACUUCCACCAUAAAGAAAGGGCCUUCUGGACAAAUACCCUCUAAGAUGUUUAUAUGGACCAGUGGCCGGACCUCUUCAUCUUACAGACAUGAUGAAAAAAGAAAUAUUUACCAAAAAAUCAGGGACCACGACCUUCUGGACAAAAGGAAAACAGUCACCGCUCUGAAAGCUGGAGAAGACCGAGCCAUUCUCCUGGGGCUGGCCAUGAUGGUCUGUGCCAUCAUGAUGUACUUUCUGCUAGGAAUCACCCUCCUCCGCUCAUACAUGCAAAGUGUAUGGACAGAAGAGUCUCAGUGCACAUUGCUUAAUGCUUCCAUCACAGAAACAUUUAACUGUUCUUUUAAUUGUGGUCCAGACUGUCGGAAGCUCUCUCAAUACCCCUGUCUCCAGGUCUAUGUCAACCUAACUUCUUCGGGUCAAAAGCUCUUACUUUACCACACAGAAGAAACAAUGAAAAUCAAUUCUGAGUGUUCUUAUAUACCCAAAUGUGGCAAGAAUUUCGAAGAGUCGCUGUCCAUGGUGAAUGUGGUGAUGGAGAAUUUCAGGAAGUACCAACGGUUCUCCUGCUUCUCCGACCCAUCAGGCAACCAGAAGAACGUCAUCCUAACCAAACUCUACAGCUCCAAUGUGCUGUUCCACUCACUCUUUUGGCCCACCUGCAUGAUGAGUGGUGGAGUGGCCAUUGUGGCCAUGGUGAAAUUCACGCAGUACCUCUCCCUGCUCUGCGAACGCAUCCAGCGAAUCAACAGAUAGAGGGCAGCCCCGACAAAGUUUUUUCUUUACGUGCAAAUACAGUACUGGUUUCUCUCAUUCUUCACCAAAGAACCUUAAGUUUGUAACUUGUGUCGUCUAUUAUGAGUUCCUUAAUUGAUUCCGAUACAUAGAGCAAUAAUGCAGCUACUGUUUGAUAUGCAAACGUGAUGUUUCUAUUUUGUAGAAGUCGGGGUGGAGGAUCCCCACAGUCUGCUGUUGGUUGUUUUCAUCCUCUUGGUUGCUUGGUUUGUUUUCUUGAUGACACUCCUGAGACUUCCUUGUCCCCUUCCGCCAAUGUAGGAUGCGGUGAAUCAUUUGUCAAGUGUUGUCAGUGAAUGUAGGGCCGUGUUGUUGUGGCGUAUUCUGUGUUCGGAGUCAUCAUCUCUCCCAGAGACGUCUCUGCGAUGUAUUCUGUCAUUCAUUGUUUACCAAAGCUGCAGCCAAAACAAAAACAAACAACAACAACAACAAAGUUUCCUUUUCUCUUUCUCCAAACUGAACCCUCCAGCAAGAGACGGGACUGGCAUACCUUGGGGGGGGGGGGGGGGAGGGUAUUCACCAUUUUCCUUGUAUUGCUACAUAUCAUUGUAAAGAUGAAAUUGAAAUGGUCACCUUUUUAAAUUAUUUUCUACUUACAGAAAUGUUUGCUUUUUAACAGGAUUGAAAACAGAAGCAAGAUCUGUUCUACUUAGUCAUAUUAUUGUAACAACUAGCUGUCUUUCAGGGAGAAAAAGAAUACUGUUUUGCCACUAGUGUGGCACUGGAGGGGAAGGGAUGAUACCAACAAAGGACUGCAUGCCCCAAGAUUUGAAUGAAUGGUGACAGCCGCUCAUAGCUCCAUGACACCUGACUAGAGUGCACUAAUAUCCAUGGCACUGGAAAUCUAUUAAUUGUUAGCAUCUCUCAAUGGAGCUCUUCAACAGCAUGUACCAUUCUGGAAAUUAAGACCCAAUCAGUAGGCACAGCUAAUUGGAAUGAUUUCUUAAAUGGACAAGAGAGUAGAUGUGUAAGGAAGAGAUGGUCUAAGAUUUAUACCAUCGAGGCCAGGCUAAAGAAUGUGAUGUCUCUUAUUUGAUCUGUUUUCUCUGUGUGUUUUCUCUUAAAGCACUGAGCUCAGAAUGUUUCUCUCCUCUACAUAUUUUAUUUUUCUAUUUACAAUUCCUUCCUUUGGUUAUCUUUUAUAAGCAGUCUAGACCUUUUUUCUUAUCUGACACUUGGGCUGAAUAACAAAUUUGAGAUUGUCUCUAUUAGCACCCUGAUUACUAACUGUGUUCUAGGAAAUCAAUGAGAGAUUGAUUCUAAAAGAGAACAUCCUGCUUUUUCUCCCCCAGCCUCAAUAAGCAAACAGAGGGAAAACACCAUCUUCAAUCAGUCUCAUCCAUAUUUAAGUACUCUUUUGUAAUAUAGUAUUGAAAACUUUUUAGCCAAUACAAGGUUUUACAAAUCGUACUUGUGGAGUGAACAGUAAAAUUAAUCUGAUGAGGUGGAAAUUAAUCUUCAAUCUUGUAAUCCAUGGUUUGACUUUUCUUAAGCAAAUAAAUCCCUGGGGUGUAA